AUGAAGGUACGCCGCUCACCGUCGCUGGCGACACUCUCUCUGCUGCUCGCAGCAUCAGUGCCUCGCUCUGCACAUGCCAUUCAGACUAUUUCGGCCGUGGGCUCGAAAUUCUUCUAUGAGGACGGCAGGCAAUACUAUAUAAAAGGAAUCGCCUAUCAGCUCGUUCCCGACGAUCCCUUGAUUGACACCGCUCAAUGCACGCGAGAUGCGGCCCGCAUGGCUGAGUUGGGCACCAACGCAAUCCGCGUCUAUCAUGUGGACCCUGAAGCCGACCACGACGGCUGCAUGAAGGCCUUCGAAGAUGCAGGCAUCUAUCUCUUUGUGGAUCUGGACACGUUCGAUACAGCGAUCUCCCAGGUCGAGCCCCAUUGGGACCAGACCCAAUAUGACCGGUUCGCAGCUGUUCUGGAUGAAUUCCAACAAUAUAACAACACGGCCGGAUUUUUCGUCGGCAACGAAGUCCUCACCACCAAGGAUGGCUCUGCGGCCGCGCCAUACGUGCUAGCCGCCGUUCGCGACAUGAAAUCCCACCGCGACGAGAAGGGAUACCGCCCGAUUCCCGUGGGCUACUCUGCAGCCGAUAUCGCAGAACUGCGGCCCAUGCUGCAGAACUACCUGGCCUGUCGGUCUGACCCCGCCGAGCGACUGGACUUCUUCGCCCUGAACGCCUACGAAUGGUGUGGGGAGUCGACCUUCACCCAAUCCGGGUAUGAGUCUCUCCAGAAGCAAGCCGAGGGCUACCCCGCCCCAAUCUUCUUCUCAGAGACCGGCUGCAAUGUCGCGCGGCCGCGGACCUUCGGCGACCAGGCCGCCAUCUUCGGCCCCGAAAUGGCGGACACCUGGUCAGGCUCGAUGAUCUACGAGUGGAUCGAGGAGACCAACGACUACGGGCUAGUGAACUACGGCCCUCCUCCACCGCCUCCGGCCGCGCACGCACCCGCCGCCGCCGCGGCCACUACAAACGGGCCCCUCGUGCAGGAUGGCUUCGUCCGCCAGGGCGAACCCACCCCCGUCGCACCGGACUUCGACAACCUCAAAGCGCAAUGGGCCACUCUGAACCCCACCGGCGUCGCUCUAUCCGACUACGCCGCCUCCACCUCCACCAUCACCCCGCCAGCGUGUCCCGCCUCCACCGCCGGCGGAUGGGCCGUCGACCCCAGCGCGCCGCUGCCGACCCUAGGCCAAGCGGCCCCAUCCCACCGCGCGGCACCGACAGGCGCGGUGGCCGGCGACUCUUCCUCCAAGGAUGACAGACCCCCGCGGCAGCAGAAGGAGGUCGAUGCCUCGGACGCCAUGUCCGCGUCCUCGGCGCAGACGAUCCUCCCCUCCUACGAGCUCAGCAACGGAGCCGGUUCCUUUGCGAUCCUUCGCGAGGGCAGUCUCAACCGCGCCAUCGAGGUGUCCCUCGCUCUGUGCACGGUGGUCGGAGGCCUGGCGCUGUGGUUAUGA